GGAUGUGUCGUGUACACACAGAAACACUCAUCAGCGCUUCACUUCCACUCGUUAGGAAUCAAACGUGUACUUUAUAAACAGGGAAUACACUGAGGAGAAUCUGGAGACAUGGCGUAUCUAACGACGAACCCGGCGGAUAAAGAGCGGUUUAUGUGUAUUUAUCCAUCGUACAUCAACAGUAAAAAGACAUUAGCAGAAGGCAGAAGAAUCGCUGCAGAGAAGGCUGUGGAGAACCCGUCCUGCACUGAGAUCCGAGAUGUUCUGGUCGCCGCUGGACUCAAUGUUCUGGUGGAGAACAAGAUGUAUCCGCGCGAGUGGAACCGAGAUGUGCAGUUCAGAGGGAGAGUUCGCAUCCAGAUCAAACUCGAGGACGGAAGUCUCUGCCAGGAGAAGUUCGCGUCCAGAAAGGACGUGAUGUUUUACGCGGCGGAGAUGAUCCCGAAACUGAAGAGCCGAACGCAGAAGAGCGGCGGAGCCGAGGCCGGAGCCCAGCCGGGGGAGGGGGGGAAGAAAGGGAAGAAGAAGAAGAAGUAGAGGAUGAGGAGGGUCACCGCAUCGCGCCUCCAUUUUGUUUCUCCGUUGACGGACUCCAGACGGACGCUUUCAAUGAUAAACACUUUCGUUUAAACAUCAGAUUUUUGUUUUUUGAUCUUUUACUUUCAGGAGACAGAGUUUUGUUAAUCACUCAUGAUGGAUUGAGUUUAAACGAGCGCUGACAGAGCUUGAAAUACUCGUGUGUGUGUGUGUGUCGGAUCAGUGUUUGGGCGUCCUUCACUGCACCUGUUCAGAGCCUGAAUAUUUCCAUCUGUCGUUUGUGAGUGUGAAAUAAAGAGAAUCGAACACAGCUCA